AUGGGACUUAUUCUAAGAUUUCUUUUUGGAAUUUUAUCUUUUAUAGUAGCAUUGAUUGCGAUCGGUAUUGGGUAUUCAAAACUUGAUAAUGUUUAUCGACAAAAAAUUUUUGCUAGUAUUUUAAACAAAGUGUCUGAUCCUAAUGAUUCUGCUAUGAUGGAUUUACGAUGUAAUCAAUUAUUACAACAUUCAAAUGUAAAAGGUCAUGUAUUAGAAAUUGGUACUGGUACAGGAAUAAAUUUUCCAUGUUUACAUAAUAAUACAAAUAUUAAAUCAUACACAGGAAUUGAACCUAAUGUUAAUAUGCAUCAAUAUUUUUACAAUCUUAUUAAACAAUGGAACAUUCCAUAUGAGAUUCGUCUUUUAAGUAAUUCAGCAACAGAUAUGCAUGAAAUUGAAUCGAAUAGUAUUGAUACAAUUAUAAUGACAUUUGUAUUAUGUAGUGUACCAGAUCCAUUACCAGAAAAAAUUCUUCUUGAAGCACAUCGAAUAUUAAAACCAGAUAGAAAUUUUAUUUUUUUCGAACAUGUGGUUGCUAAUUCUAAAACUAAGCCAUUUACUUAUAGAUUUCAAAAAAUAAUUGAACCAUUAUGGAAAAUCAUUAAUGAUGGUUGUCAAUUUAAACCAAUUACAAAUUAUUUUGAUGCUAUGAAAAAUGUCUAUUCACAAGUUCAAUAUGAACAUAGUGUUAUGCCUGUUCCGGUGUUUUUUAUUAAAGAUGCUAUCAAAGGAAAACUGGUCAAAUAA